AUGAACAUCGAUAGCCACAUUCAACAAGUCGCAUAUAUUCUAGGCUACCGAACGGAGCCACAGACCCACCUUUCCAAAGCUCUUAUGGCCCCUGGGACUCACGGAGAACAGUUGGUAGAUUGUGGAAUAGACUUGAUUCGUUCGUGUCUAUCGCAAUAUGGUUAUGAGAUGAAGAUGCAAACAAGCGAUAUUGCCGCAGCAAAGGAAAGGCUGUGUAGCUACGCUCAUCUUAGUUCAGUCGCCCAACGUAUAGCUAUCGACAGGAUCAUUCCAUACAACUCACAGUCCAGCGAAGAGCGUCACACUAUAGUCGGGAAGUCCAUGGCAGCGUUUAUUGCAGCCGCACAUCUCGACUGUGGGAGAAGCUAUCCACGUACAUGGAAGAUAUUGGAGCAUAUAGGGUUCUUCACCAAAGAGGACAACGGGGUGGAUCCAGCACAGCUACAGGCCAACAUACAUAGGGAUACGCAUCUGCCUAUAGCACUCGCUGGGAAUGGCGACGGACGUGCUGCGACGGUAGAUUUACUACCAAACACGGUCCACGAGAGCGAAUCGAAACGAUGUGGCAAUAUUUCAUUCGAUAUGGGUGGAGAUGGCAAACAAAAGACAAAGCAAGGUCGACGCCAGAAGCAUAAUCCAAUGGCAUCCUUCCUCGAGGAGGAAACCAUGAAGUGUCACGCGAAAUCUGUUCGGCCUCCGCAGGAAUCGUACUUUACUGCAGAAAUCGAGAUGGCCAUGCAAAACCCAGAUCUGAAACAGUGGGAUGAAGUGUUAAAACGGCUAAUAUUAGGUUCUGGCAGCUCGCUGUCAGUUCUGUUGCUAAAGGAGGCAAUUCAAACGUGGCGAGCGAGGGCCGACCUGCCUCAUCUGCAGAUCUCUAAACAUUCAUCGAAGGCAGAGACAUAUACCAACAUCUCCCUUAUAGACCAGAGAAUCACGGGGCUGAAUUUAUUUCGAAGAUACCACAUUUCACACUUAUUCGAAGCAUGUGGUGGAUGUGAGACUCCAACACUUUCAAGGUUUAUUGCAACCCCAGCAAUUACUGCUUCGGGUAUCAGACGGGCUGGCAAUCCCCUCAAGAAUGCAGAGUCAGAACUGACCACAGCGAUGAUGAAGCAAAUGCUUCCUGGUCUCGAACCAGGGUCGUCAGAUUAUAAGAAGGGGUACAAGGAUGUUAACAACCUUCGAUUACUUGCACGGAGAUUUCACAUAUUACAGGAGCAUUUCGGCAAGGGUGUUCUUGCAUUGAUACCUUAUCCGCAGCAUCCCAACCAGACAGGUUUGGAGUUAUCUGACAAUAUGCUCUCCAAGGUGCCGGAACGCAUCUUUCUCCAAAUUGUUUCAAUCCUCUAUCGUUCCCAAGGAAACUAUCUACGGGCAUUGAGCCACGCAGCCGGGCAGGUUAUAGAGAUGAUGCUUUACGAACCUCAAGAACUUUGUCCCAUGCUCCAGCUCGAAACAACAGACAGCAGCUACAUAUUGGAACAACCGAAAGAUCUAGAUACCAUACUUCCUCUUCUCACUUGA